CACCUGCGUCAGGGGCAACUGGAUCAUCACCUGCGUCAGGGGCAACUGAAUCAUCACCUGCGUCAGGGCCAACUGGAUCAUCACCUGCGUCAGGGGCAACUGGAUCAUCACCUGCGUCAGGGACAACUGGAUCAUCACCUGCGUCAGGGGCAACUGGAUCAUCACCUGCGUCAGGGGCAACUGGAUCAUCACCUGCGUCAGGGGCAACUGGAUCAUCACCUGCGUCCGGGGCAACUGCAUCAUCACCUGCGUCAGGGGCAACUGGAACAUCACCUGCGUCAGGUGCUACAGGAACAUCACCUGCAUCAGGUGCCACAGAAACUUCACCUGGAUCCGGGGCAACUGGAUCAUCACCUGGAUCCGGGGCAACUGGAUCAUCACCUGCGUCAGGGGCAACUGGAUCAUCACCUGCGUCAGGUGCCACAGGAACAUCACCUGCGUCAGGGGCCACAGGAACUUCACCAGUGUCCGGAGCAACUGGAACAGGAUCCCCAUCAUCCGGUGCAACUGGAACAUCACCUGUGUCUGGGGCAACAGGGUCACCAUCAUCCGAUGCAACUGGGACAGGAUCACCCGCAUCACCCCUGUCGGGAGCCACAGGAACCUCACCCGCGACCGGGGCAACAGGUACAUCGCCUGCUUCAGGGGCAACAGACAGAACGCAAGCGUCUGGUGCAA